AUGGAGGAAGCACUGUUAAAGUCAUCAUCUCUAUUUCCUUACUUCAUGCUGGUGGCGUUUGAAGCAGGAAGCCUCAUACGAGCUCUAGUUCUUUUUCUUUCCUAUCCAUUUGUUUGUCUAUUUGGCAAGGAAAUAGGGAUCAGGAUUAUGGUUUUAAUAUGUUUCUGUGGGAUAAAGAAAGCAAAUUAUCGGCUCGGAAGAUCUGUUCUGCCUAAGUUCUUUCUUAAAGAUGUUGGUUAUGAAGGCUUCCAAGUUGUGAUGAAGUACAAGAAAAAGGUAGCAGUGAGUGAUAUGCCUAAUCUGAUGGUCGAAGGAUUUUUAAGGGAUUGUUUGGAUGUAAAUGCUGUUGUUGGAAGAGAUUUGAAGGUGGUUUUCGGGUAA